AUGGACACGCAGCUUGCAUCGCUUGCUACGCUCUUUCAGCAGACGCUCGAUCCGUCUCAGCGUAAGGGUGCGGAGGAGCAGCUGAAGCAGCUGCAGUCACAGCCGCGGUUUGCCUUUGUGCUCCUCGCGCUGGUCCAGUCGGAAGCAGCCUCGACCGCGAUCCGACUGGCGGCCGCGAUUCAGUUCAAGAACCUUUGCAAGACCCGUUGGGACGUAGAUAGCGAGACGGAGGAUCCAGUUGUGGGUGCAAUCGGGGACGAAGAAAAGCAGCUGAUCCGUACCGAGCUUAUCCCCGUCCUGCGAAGCCUUGCAAAUACACCGACUCCGUCGCAGGCCAUCCUCGCACAGAUGAACGAGAGCAUUGCGCUGGUGUCGCAGAGUGAUUUUCCUCAUCCGUGGAGUAACCUGAUUGAUGAGCUAGUGCAGAGCCUGAACAGCGACAACUACCAUGUGCUGCUCUCUGUCCUCUCUACCUCUCACGCCAUCUUUCGGCGCUGGCGGUCCAUGUUCCGCUCCGACGCGCUGUAUACCGAGAUCAACCUCGUGCUCAGCAAGUUUGCAACGCCGCUACUCGAGCUUCUGGAGCGCGUAUACGGGAUGAUUGUGAACCUUGCGACGCCCGCGCAAAACGUGCCGCCGCUGGCAUCGUGCCUCGUCCUCUUGCUGCAGCUGUUUUACGAUCUCUCUGCGCAGGACCUCCCGCCGCAGUUUGAGGAUGCGCUUCCUGCACUUUCACCCAUGUUUACCGGUCUGCUGUCGUUUUCACGGCCCGAGCUGGUGGGCGACGUGGAUGACAUGGCGCCCAGUCCCCUGGACAAGAUUCGCAGCAGCGUGUGUGAGAUUUUCGAGCUGUAUGCAAAGCGCUACUUGGACGCAUUGCCUCAGCUUCCGCAGUACGUGCAGGCUGUAUGGGAUAUGCUCGGCACCUAUGGCCCUUUAGAAAAGUACGACGUGCUUGUCUCCAAAGCAAUUCUUUUCCUCGCCGUCGUCGUCCGCAUGGGCAGCCAGCGCCAGCUGUUCGAGGCCGAGUCCACACUCGAGCAGUUUUGCUCCAAAAUUAUCAUGCCCAACAUCGAGCUGCGUGAUGUGGAUGAGGAGAUGUUUGAAGACAACCCUGUCGAGUAUAUACGCCGCGACUUGGAGACCAGCGUCGAAGUCGAUACGCGCCGCCGCGCCGCCUACGAAUUUGUGCGCGCACUCCUGGAGCAGUUUUCCGAGCAGACCACCGCUAUUGCUUCGCGCUAUAUCCGCGAGUACCUCGACCUCUUCCGCAAGGACCCCGGCGUAAACUGGCGGCGCAAGGAUGCUGCGAUUUACCUGCUUACAUGCAUUGCCGCCCAAGGCUCCACAGCGCAGCACGGCGUUUCUUCCACCAACAAUUUGGUAGACGUGGUCCAGUUCUUCUCCGAUCACAUUCUGGAGGACUUGCAGCCAGAGAAUGCCGCUGCAAACAGCCACCCGAUCCUCCAGGUGGACGCAAUCAAGUAUCUUUACACAUUCCGGAACCAGCUCACCAAGGACCAGCUGCUGUCUGUGCUUCCUCUCUUGGUGCACCAUUUGGCGUCGACCAACUAUGUGACAUGUACUUAUGCAGCCGUGAGCAUCGAGAGGAUCCUAUUUAUCAAGCACAAUGGCCAGUUUAUGUUUUCUGCUGCAGACAUUGCGCGGUCCAGUGAAGCGAUUUUGGCCGCGCUUUUUGCCGCGAUUCAGCGCAACGAGACGCCAGAAAAGGUGGCCGAGAACGACCACCUGAUGAAGUGUAUCAUGCGCGUUCUUCUCACGCUGCGCCAGUCGGUCGAAGGCCAUGCAGAAAUGACGCUCGCGCACCUCAUCACCAUCCUCGGCAUCACGGCCAAGAAUCCCAGCAACCCGCGUUUCACCCAGUUUUUGUUCGAGUCUAUCUCUGCGCUCAUCCGCUACGCAGGCAGUGGAUCGCUAGUACAGGCGUCAAAAAUGGAACAGGGUCUCUUUCCGUCGUUUACAGAGAUCCUGCAGGCAGACGUUGUGGAAUAUAUCCCCUACGUGUUCCAAAUCCUCGCGCAGCUCCUCGAGGUGCACGUUGUCCAGAGCAUGGAACGCACGCUUCCAGAGGCGUAUGCAAACCUCCUCCCGCCACUGCUCACGCCUACGCUGUGGGAGCAAAAGGGCAAUGUGCCUGCGUUGGUGCGCCUGCUCAAGGCUUACCUGCACCAGGCUCCAAGCGCAGUUGUCCAGCAUGUCGAGGCCUUUCUGGGUGUCUACCAAAAGCUGAUCUCGAGCCGCCUAAACGAUGUGUUUGGCUUUGAGCUGCUCCUCUCGCUCAUCCGCAACAUUCCUGCAAAUGUCUUGGCACAGUACCAGCAGCCGAUUCUUACCCUCAUGCUCAUGCGGCUCCAAUCGAGCAAGACGGACAAGUUUUCGCAGCAUUUUGUCAUUUUCUUUGCCGUGUACUGCAGCGUGCUGCAGCCAUCGUACCCUGAGCAGGUGGUUCAAGCGUUUGAGGCCGUGCAGCAGGGACUGUUUAUGCAGAUUGUGCAGAACGUCGUCGUGCCCGACUUGGCCAAGCUCCAGGCGAAGCAGCGGUUUGGCGUCGCUGCGGGGCUGAUCCGGCUCCUCACGUCGAGCCCGUCGAUGCUUGCUUCGUGCGCGCCGGUGUGGCCAAUCUUGCUGGGCAGCGUUUUGCGUCUGAUGAUGCAGACGGAAAAUGCGCGUGCAACGCCGGAAGAAGACGAGGGAAUUGCAGAGCUCGACGAGCAGGGAUUUCAAGCUAGUUUCUCGCAGCUUGCUGCGGCAAAGCCGAGUGUGCGCAUGGAGUCGGACGCGACAGACUGGGCAGGUACGGAUUUGGGUGCAUACCUCGCUAGGCAGCUGUACGCUGCGUCGCAGCAGCAUCCAGGAGUGCUGGGGCCUUUGAUUGCGAGUAUACCGGCCGAUGUGCAUGCAGUGCUGGACGAGACGCUUCAGAAACAUAGUGUCCAGAUUGUGUAG